AUGAAUUCAACUAUACAGGUUGUGGUAAUCGGCUGCGGUGAAUGGGGAGUCAGAUUGAUCAAAGAGUUUGCAGAACUCGAAUGUCUGGUGGGAGUGGUGGAUGAAAUACCCGCGCGGGCCGAGAAACAAGCCCAGACAUACGGAGUACCGGCUAUGCAGUGGGACUUUGUGCUAAAGGAUUCCACCAUAAAUGCAGUUGUUAUAGCUACCCCGGCAGCGUCCCAUGUUAACUUGGCAGCUCAGGCAAUUCUUGCCGGAAAGCAUGUUUUGGUUGAGAAGCCAAUGGCCUUGGCUGUAAGCGAUGGGCAACGCCUCAUGCGCGCCGCGGCAACUACAAACAAGGUUGUCAUGGUUGGACAUUUGUUUCACUGCCAUCCAGCUUUUAUAAAGCUCAGAUCUCUUGUCUCGGAUGGUCAACUUGGCAAAAUUCGCCACAUCUAUAGCACUCGUCUCGCAUUUGGUCGAAUCCGGCAUGUUGAAAACGCGCUUUGGAGCCUCGCACCACAUGAUGUCUCCAUGAUUCUGGCGCUUCUUGGAGGCGAAAGCCCCGAGACCGUUACAGCAGAGGGUGUUGGCUACUUGACGCCGGGCAUCGUGGAUAGUGUCUCAGCGCAUCUCCGGUUUGCUAAUGGAGCGCAUGCACAAUUCUCCGUGUCCUGGGCUUACCCCUUUAAAGAACGAAAGCUAGUGGUAGUUGGAGAUCACGCUAUGGCUGUCUUUGAUGAUAUGCAACCAUGGGAAUCCAAACUAGUGCUGUUUCGACACAAAAUUGCUUGGCCAAAUGGCCUUCCAGAGGCCAAGAACGGGGAAAGACAAACAGUGCCCCUUGUAGCCGCCCAGCCUUUGGCUGCUCAGUGCCAAGAGUUUCUCUCAUGCAUUCGGGAAAACAGGCAGCCCGUCGCCAACAUAGUUGAAGGGCUCUCCGUGCUUCACGUUCUAGCAGCUGUUGAGAUGGCAAUGGAUGGCAAUGGUCUUCUUAGCCAUCAAUGCUCAAAGCAUUCACCCCCAGGACUGAUAAAGGUUGACGGGACUCUGCCCCCGGCGAAAAUGAAAAUGAAGGCUCUCACUUCGUCUAAAAUUCAUGAGACGGCGGUAGUUGAGGCUGACGGCACGGUGGGAGAAGGCACUCAAAUCUGGCACUUCAGCCAUAUCUUAGAAGGAGCCCAGAUCGGCCGGGAUUGCAUCAUCGGUCAGAAUGUCAUGGUAGGCCGGGGCGCGGUAAUCGGUAACCGCUGCAAGAUCCAGAAUAAUGUCAGCAUCUACAGCGGCGUGUUACUUGAAGAUGGUGUGUUCUGUGGACCAUCGUGCGUGUUCACAAACGUGCUGACGCCGCGUGCCGAAGUCGAACGCAAGAAUGAGUUUCUAGACACCAAAGUCAGACGAGGAGCAACUAUCGGGGCGAACUCGACCGUUAUAUGUGGAGUUGAGCUCGGCGAAUAUUGCAUGGUUGGUGCUGGGGCUGUCAUCACCAAGUCUGUUCCACCUCAUGCACUCGUUGUGGGAAAUCCUGCGUCCCAGAUUGGAUGGGUUAGCCGAGCCGGCGAGCGUCUGGGUGCAGACCUGAUUUGCAGAAGAACAGGAGAGAGAUACAUCGAGCUGAAAAGGCCAAAUAAAGCCUGCCAGUUGACCUUGGCCUCCGAAGAAGGCCAGAUGGUCAGCAACACAUUGGGCACGGCCACUGGUGAAAGUUUGCCUUUCGUGGAUAUUCGCUCUCAAAUUUCCACCAUCCGAAAAGCUUUGAAUCAGCGAAUGGGCAAAGUUUUAGAUCGGGGCACCUUCAUUGCGGGACCAGAAGUUGAUGAACUAGAAACGAGGUUGGCCAAGUUUUCCAAGGCAUCACAUGUUGUAACUUGCGCCAGUGGUACAGAUGCCAUCACCCUGUCUUUAAUGGCUCUUAAUAUUCAGGCCGGGGAUGCUGUUCUUGUCCCUACCUUUACUUUUGUAGCUUCAGUUGAGCCUGUCGUUCUGCUUGGAGCGACGCCCAUCUUUCUUGAUAUCGAGCCUGAGACAUUUACUAUCGAUCCAAACCUCAUCGCCCAAGGUGUCAAGUUGGCACGGUCUUCUGGAUGCCGCCCUGUCGGGAUCAUUGCCGUCGACAUCUUUGGUCACCCAGCAAACUAUGACGCAUUGCAUGCCGCAGCCUCAUCGCAUGACCUUUGGCUACUAGCGGAUGCCGCACAAAGCUUCGGUGCGACCUCAGCGCGAGGAGAGAGGGUCGGAACUCUGGCCACGAUUACAACUACAAGCUUCUUUCCCUCCAAACCGUUGGGGUGCCUUGGCGAUGGAGGUGCCAUCUUUACCAAAGAUGCUCAUAUUGCAAAGACAGUUCGUUCGCUGUCUAGGCACGGGCGAACUGAGGAUAAUAAAUUUGACAGUCUUCGGAUUGGCCUGAAUAGUCGUCUUGAUACUUUGCAGGCAGCAGUCCUCUUGGUAAAGUUGGAAGCAUUUAAAGCAGAGCUGUUUAAAAGACGAGAGAUAGCAGCACAAUACACACAACUGCUUAACAAGAGCCAGACGUUGCUAGCCAACUUACCCCCUAUUAUUCCACCUAUAACUAGAGCAGGAUUCAAUUCCGCGUGGGCUUCAUAUACUAUCCGCGUAUGUUCUAAGCAACCACCAAGGGGUCAUAAGAUGGAUGAAAACGUUUCAGGAAGACGAGAGGCCGUUCGAGAUGCCCUGAAACGACAAGGGUUUCCGACGAUGGUGUACUAUCCCAAGCUAAUACAUACGAUGACACCCUACGCCAAGUUUCCGGUAGUGGGAAAUACCUGCCCUGUUGCCGAAAAAGCGGUUCGCGAGGUUCUCAGUUUGCCUAUGAGCUCAGGAAUGAAAUUCAACGAACAAAUCAAGUUGAUUAAUAUACUUACAAGCACGGAUCACGCUAAGGACGGUUCAGAUGGCGAGGGGCAAUCUAUCAGCUUUACACGGUAA